GCCUAUGUCAGGGUUGACCUGCUGGACAUCAACGACAACAGACCAGUCUUCUACCCUGUGAGCUACGCYGUCAGCCUCAGCUCCCAGAGUGCACCUGGCACCUCUGUCGUCAAGGUUACGGCCCUUGACCCCGACACUGGGGAGAACGGGAGGGUCACGUACCGAACCGUCCCCAGGGGCAACUCCCCCUUCUUCACCCUCAACAAAGACACAGGUGUGAUCUCCCUGUCCCGGUCGCUGCACGGCAAGGCCAACACGGUGAUCCCCAUGGUGGUUUCAGCCCAGGACGGAGGGGGUCUGGCAGCACUGGUCAAUCGCCCGGGUCAACCAUCAGUGGUGGUGCAGGCCUGGUGGCGCCCCCUGUGUUUCGAACACAGCAGUACAGCUUCCACUGUGUCUGAACGACGUACUGCGAGGGACUGAGGUUGGCAUGGUAAAGGCCAUCGGCGUCCCCAGUAAGGACAUUCUGUACAGCAUCUCCUCUGGAGACCCUGCUGGCUACUUCAACGUGGACCCAGAGAGCGGAGCCCUGCGGACCAGCCUUCCCCUGGACCACGAGGCCCAGCCUUCUCUAACCCUGGAGCUCCAGGCUCGUAGCGGCAGCCCCCCUGCCUUCGGUCAGACCCACGUUCACAUCACAAUCCAGGACAUCAACGACAACACUCCUGUCUUCCUGCCCUCCUCUUCUGAGUCUCUCCUCCUCCCGGAGCACACAGAGAUGGGGACCAUGGUCUACCGCGUCCAGGCCCAAGACCGGGACUCUGGUAUCAAUGGCCAAGUGACCUUUGACCUUUCCUCCACCGCGACCUCAAGCGGAGGUCAAAGAACCUUUUCCAUGGAGCGCAGCACGGGGGAGAUCCGGCUGGUUGGCGGGCUGUCAUACGGCGUAACGCCGCGUUACGACCUGACGGUGACAGCUAAAGAUGGUGGCGCUCCCCAGCUGAGCUCUACCAUGAUGCUUGUGGUGCACGUCCAAGCGGAGAACGACCACGGUCCCGUGUUCGACACCCUGACCUAUCGCGUGGAGCUGAGGGAGAACACGCCGCUCAGCACACGCUUCCUACAGGUGCGAGCUCUGAGCCGGGACACCGCGGGUUCAGGGUCCUCCUCUCCACUGGCAUUCCACCUGAGACCUGACGGAGACGCAGCAGGGUUUGGCAUCGCAGUAGACAGCGGCUGGCUGUUUGUGAAGAGCGCCCUGGACAGAGAGGUGAAGGACAUGUACAUGUUGAUGGUUCUGGCCACGGCGGGCCACGGGCAGCUGAAGAAGACGGGCAGUGCCACGGUGAGGGUGUCGGUGACCGAUGAGAAUGACAACUCUCCCCGUCUGAUCCAGGCGAGGGCUUUCCUGGCCGUGAGAGAGAACCUUCCGGCGGGUUCAGGGUUCGGACGGGUGUUGGCUACGGACCGCGACACGGGCCUCAACGGCAGGCUCAGUUACAGACUCCUACACCCAGACAGACACUUCCAGAUCAACUCACACACAGGUGAGAUCAGUACCCGUGUAGGUCUGGACAGGGAGCAGCAGAGUAGUUACCAGGUGUUGUUGGUGGUUCAGGAUGGAGGUACUCCCCCACGCAGCGCUACAGGGACAGCCUUUAUCACCAUCCUGGAUGAGAACGACAACACUCCCUCCUUCAGACACAGCCAGCCUGGCAGAGGACUGACCAUGCAGGUGAUGGAGGGUCAGGCGUCAGGUCUACUGCUGGGGAAAGUACAGGCCAAUGACCCUGAUGAGGGAGAGAACGGCACUGUGUACUACUCCAUGUCAGGUCCCAGAGCAGAGCGUUUCUCUCUGAACCCUACUACAGGUGAACUGCGUUCCUCCUCUCCUCUGAGUCGCUCUGACAGAGCUGAGUACAGCUUCACUGUGACCGCCACUGACCGAGGCCAGCCAUCUCACAGCGCUACCUGUACACUACACAUACAGGUCCAGAGUGCGAGCAGAGCUCCUUCCAAAGACAACUCCCUCUCCAUGUCCUUCAACUCCGUCGAGGAGGCCAAACCAGGCUCUAUGAUUGGCUCUGUGAGGUCACAUGAUGGCUUUGAGCUCCCUGAGGCUGGUCAGGUGACCUACACGGUGGUGGGCGGGUCAGACCGAGACGGAACGUUCAUGGUGGACCGUCAGACAGGUGACGUGUACCUGGCGAGGGAGCUGGAUUACGAGCGCUCCGCCCGCUACACACUACAGAUAGAGGUGGACGACUUCUCCAUGACGUUACCCAGCAGCCACCUGGUGCAGCUGGACAUCGAGGUGGAGGACAGCAACGACCAUGGACCCCGCUUCCCGGAGGACCCCAUUACCGUGGUGAUACCUGAGAACAUGGAGCCUGGGGCGUCCAUCUACGCCUUCCAAGCCUCGGACCAGGACGGAUCAGGGCCCAACAGCCUGCUGACCUACUCCAUCCUGCACCAGUACCCUGACCUCACUGACCUCCUGGCCCUUGACCCUUCCACUGGCGUCCUGACCCUGGCGCAGGAACUGGACCAUGAGGUCACUUCCUCCCUUAUCCUGGUCGUCCAGGCAACAGACUCCGCCCUGAACGCCAGCCAACGGCGCUGGGGCUCGGUGACGGUGAGGGUGUUUGUGACAGACGAGAACGACAACGCUCCAGUGUUCAGCUCGCCAUCCGCGGUUAGCGUCAUGGAGGACCAGCCUGUGGGCUUCGUGGUUCUCUACGUCGUGGCGCGAGAUGCCGACCAGGGGGAGAACGGACGGGUCAGCUACUUCAUCGAGACUGGCAACGCUGGAGGGACGUUCAGCCUCAACCCUAAUACUGGUCUUUUCUAUCCUGAAGCCAUCGACCCGGGAGGAGAGCUCGACUUCAUCACGAACCUGACCAUCGUAUUAGCCAGGACCACGGGGGUACCAGCGCUCUCAUCCACAGCUGUGUUCGUCCAGUUCAUCGAUCGUGAACAGACGAGUGCCUCUGCUUCCCGGGAACCAGUACCAAGCCCAGAUUACAGAGAACCAGCCUCGCAGAACCACUGUUCCUGGUGGUGCGGCCUCCGACCUGCGACCAAGGUGACGAGAUGUACCAACGGCCAGGUGACAUAUGGAGGCAUCUCUGACGAGGGUUUUAGCAUCCACCCAGCUACAGGUGUUAUAACCACCACUAAAGCCCUGGACAGAGAGGCACAGGAACAAUACACACUGACAGUGUAUGCCCGAGACGGUGGCGUGCCUCCUAACUUUGCCCGGGCGGCAGUGAAGAUCCAGGUGUUGGAUGAGAAUGACAACGCCCCAACGUUCAAUAGACUGUACUACAGUCUGGAGGUGCCUGAGAACAUGGAGGCUGUUGAGCUUUUCACCCUCAGAGCUACGGACCUGGACACUGGGGACAGCGGAGAGAUGACCUACAAGAUCACAACUGGUGACCCAUCAGGUGACUUCCGUGUGGACAGGAAGUCAGGUGUUCUCUCCACCUCCAGACCGCUGGACAGGGAACGUAGGGCCAGGUACAGUCUGACAGUGACAGCCCUUGACGGGGGCUCUCCGGCCCUGAGCAGCACGGCCACAGUAGAGGUCACUCUCCUGGACGUCAACGACCACAGCCCCCAGUUCACCAGCCCCAGCUACACCGCUGACCUCUCUGAGGAUGUUUCUAUUGGCUCCCGGGUGCUGGAGGUCUCUGCUACUGACCUGGACCAAGGGUCUAACAGCCAGGUGCUGUACUUCCUGUCGCUCGGCUCCCAGGGCAUGUUCAUCAUUGACCAGCACACGGGACAUGUCAUCACCGCCGCUCCGCUCGACCGGGAACGAACCACGUUGUACACUUUCGAUGUCUGCGCCAUAGACUCGUCCCCCGCCAGCCCUCGCAACUCCACCGCCACGGUCACCGUGUAUGUACAGGACGUGAACGACAACGCUCCAUUCUUCAUCCAGGACCCCCUGGUCAUCAACAUCUCAGCCUCCAGGUAGGUAGCCUAGAGCUUAGUGAUGCAGGACAACGGCAGGAAGUUUGCUGAUUCAAAUCCCAUGUCCGACAGGGAAGAA